AUGCAGUACCAGCACGGCGGCGGCCGGGGCCGCGGCCGCAUGCCGCACUUCGCGCGAGGCGGCGGCUUCGGCCGCGGCGGCCGCGGGCGGAAGCAGUUCUACCAGCCGCCGCCGCCGCCCAUUUCGCCGGGCAUGCCGCCGCAGCACAGGUACGAGGUGCUCAUGGAGGCCGGCCGCCUCGCCGCCGAGUACCUGGUGGCGAAAGGCGUGCUCCCGCCCGCGUCCCUGCAGCGCGGCGGUAGCGCCGGAUGGAGCCAGAUGCCGCCUCCAUUGCAGGACGCCCCUGCGUUCUACGACUCCCGCCGGAACGGCCGCCAGCGGCUCGACGACGAGUACAGCGAUCCUAACCCCCGCUCGCGGCGGAACAAUGGUAGCGAUUACAACAGCGGUAACUACAAUGGGAGGGGGAAGAGGAAGUUUGGUGCUUACAAUAGGAAUUCAGACUGGGGCCAGGAUAGAGAGAGGAGUAGUAGGGGUUACUUGGAUAGCCGGAAUUACGACGACGGCGACGAUGAGGAGGAUUCGGCUCCUGGGUAUAGGAGGGAGCGGCGCGGGAGUGGGGUGGUUGAUGACAUUGGGAGUAGCUUGUCCGGGGUGGCUGGGGAGGGACCUGCUUCAAAGGUGGAGGCUGUGGGAGAGUCGGAGUUGGAGGAUACUGGGUCGAAGGUGAUCCCUAACAGCAAUGGCAUGACAAGUGUUGAUGCCCUGCAGGAUGAGAAUGAUUCUAACAAGAUGCAGGAGGAUAGUAAGGUGUCCAGUUCAGUGGUCUUGGAGCAAGGGGCGAACGGGGAGAGUAUUCUUAAUCACUCUUCUCCUAGUGUUGAUGAGGAGGGAGAGAUAAAGCAUUCGCCCUUGCGCUCAGAUGACAAGGUUUCGCCUGACAAGCCUGAUGGUAGUACUAGUAUUAUGGACGAGAGGGCUGAAUGUGACAAGGCUUCGGAUGAGAAGGCUGAAGAUAAGGCUUCUGACGAGAAGGUAUCAACCGUUCAGAAUGAUCUCAAUGAUGAUUGCCAGAAUUUGCUUAGCCAGUGUAGUUUUGCAAGAGCCCCAACAAGACCACGAUCAGUACUUGCGCAUAGGAAUGGAGCACCGGCCCGUAGAGAUGCUGCAUUGGCCGAACAGGUAGAUCUGGCUCCUCCGACGCUGAUUGAUGAAGUAGCAAGUGGCAGCUCCUUGACUGACGUUCAGGGAGGCAAUAAAGAUGGCCUUGUUUGCCUGGAAGAUACUGAGCCAAGCAUUGCUUGCAAUCAAAUGGUGGAACAAGCGACUCUCCAAGAAAAAGAAACACAAGAUAUGAGAGAAAAUAAUAAUACUGCACAACAUUACGCAGUUCAGGAGGCUAAGGAGCAGGAUGGACUAUGUCCUACAUUGACAUCUCAUCAAGAUUGCUUGAAGCUUCAAAUCAGGGAAGGAGUGGAAAUUUACAAUAUUGACACACCACCACAAGAUGAAGACUUGACUGAUUCAGCUGAUAAAGGGAAAACAGUUUGCGUGGAAUUAUUACCUAAUAUCGGAGCUGAAGCUGUUGUCAAAAUGGAAGAGGAAAAGCUUGGUCAAUCUAGCUCGUUUAAAAUACGUGAUCUGAACCUGAUUGGUAGUCCAGAGAAUGCUGAGAUACGACAUGAUCUUGGUUUUGGCCAAUGCUCCACUAAUGUAUCUUCAGUGGAAACACGCAAUCAGCAGCAUUUGGACUUCGUAGCAUCUAUGGAUAAUGCAACUAAUACUGACAUGUAUUCCCACAUUCCAUUGGAUGAUAAGGUUGUUAUUGAUAUCGAAGAUGACUCGCCAAUUGAACCUAGUGCAUGUGACACUACAAGAGCAGAAAGCGGGAUAGUAUACUCAAGCAUAGAUACUAUGAUGCAGCCUGCUGUGAACACCAACAUUUUUCCUGGUUUGCAAGAUGAUUAUAAUCUUGCAAUUCCAGAUUUCCUUGGUGCUGAUAUGCCAUGUUAUCCACCAAUACAAACAGAUGUUCAUGCUGAGAUGGGCCUAAACGAGUCAGAGGUCAUCACUGUCAUGGAUGAUCCAAUAUAUGGUUCUCUCACUGAUAUUGGUUUUAUGGAGGUUUGGGACCAGCAGCCACCAGACUACGCGAAGUUCUUCUGAUGAGGCAUGAAAUCUUUUUGCUGAAACUGUUGAAGAGUUUGACGGAUCAACACGGGCUUUUUUUUUUUGGUAUAGGCGGAAAUAAAUAGAUAGCUUGCUGCACGGUUAGCUCAGCACACACAAACACACUUCCAGGGCCAUGUUGGCCACUCCUGUGAAGCCAAGGUCUGCACGGUUAGCUCAAUCAGUAGAGUAGAGGUGGUUGGUGGUUCUCGUCGCCUGGACCUGGCGGGCAAGUGUACCAUGUAAUUCGUGGCAUACAGUUGGUCCCAUGGUGCAUCCAUCCAAAAGGAUUGACAUUUCUUGUAUAAACAGUUUGAUAUGCAAUACAUCCAUUUGUUCUUUCGACAAA